ACUAACUCCACGUCAGCAUCUCUGUUCUAUCCAACAAUCAUCGUCCAUCUAGAACCAUCCAUACCACACCACUCCUUCCUUUACGAGUACAACGAGACGAGAUCCAAAAACUAAACCUGAUUUUAAAAGGUUUUUUUCUCUUCGUUCCUUCUUUCCCAUAAUUCUUUCUUUCUCUCUGUGAACGAUCAAUCGAUCUUCGCUCAUAUAUUAUAUCUUACUCUCCUUUCUGUUUUUUUCUUUCGGAAUUGGGAAUUUGGAAUCCCUCUUAUCUAAUGGCGCUUCGAUCCCUCUGUCUGAUGGGAUUUCUUCUCCUCCUUACGAUUGGAUCGUCCAAUGCACAGAUAUCGACAGCAAAAAAUUUGAAUCCCUCAAAGGCUAUUUCUGAUUUGAAGGAUGCCAUCAUUAAGGGAUUAGGGUUUCAAGCUGAUGGCUUCAAGAUUUCUGGUUUCGACAUCAAGGAUGCCUUGGUCGGGCAUUCUGUUGCUUAUGAGUUCGAUAUUGAGAUCGACAAGAAAGUUCUCCCUUUUAAGUUUCUCGAAGAUGUCAACCGAUGGGAAUACGUGGAUCUGCCCAUCUUCCGGACCGAGGAUCCCUCGGUUUCCGGUUGGCAGACUAGCUUAGUAGAUACUCGCGGGUCGCAGGAUCAUGUUUCCCCUGUUUUGUCCCCCUUUCAGUUGGCUGGCCCCAUGGAGCUCUGGAUCCAAGAUGCCAAGGACAUGAGACUUUCGUUACCUCAUGACGUAGACGCCGGUGUGCUGAAGAAGGUCGUUCUAGCGGAAGGCGCUGUGGUGACGGUUAAAGGCGCCAGGUCCGUCAGCCUGCGCCAUCCGCUCGAUCUCCCACUCCCCUUGAACCGAACCCACGGGAGCUUUGCCUCUUCCCUUUUAAGUCUUGCCCAUCGUCUCCGCGAUGCUUCACGCACCCAAGCCGAAGGGGCUCCUUUAGUCUCCCUGAGGAUAGUUGGUCCAUCAUCCCUCACUUCCUCUUCCUCAUCGUCCGAAUCGGAUGGGAAGCUCAAGCUGAAGCGCCUCGCACCGGGACUCGUGGAGUUAUCGUCGCCGUCGAGAGGCAAGACGACCGGAGCCGUUGAAGCAGGUGAGGUGACGACGCUUCUGACACCUGAACGAUUCACCACAAUGUGGCCGGUGGCGUCGGUGAAUGGGUCGAACCGAAACCUGAUGGGGUUCGAGGCACUACUGUACUCUGUGCUGGGUGAGAAGGCGAAUCAGGAAGGGUCGUUUAGGUUGUUGAAGGCGGAUGCAUCGGCGCAGACGUUUCUGAAGAUUGGGUUUAGAGUGGAGAAGCCGUUGAAGGAAGGAGGGGAGGAAGGGAUGAACUGGGAGGGGUUUCCGGAAUGGAGGACGAAGCCAGAAUCGGUGAGGAUGCACUUCGAGGUGUUGGCGAAGGUGGAGGGAGAGAAGGUUGUGCCGGAGAGGGUGGUGCAGGUUAAUCCUGUAGUUGUGGAAGAUAGCGCUGCACCUCAUGUCAUCACUGGUAACAUGACCAUGUCGAAGACCCCUGUCAUACACCCUCCUCCAAAUCCCUUUACCUUGUGAGAUCUUUGCUUGGAGCCCGCGGUUUUAACUUUCAACUUUUGAGGAAAAGCUGAAAACUGUAAAUAAAGAAACGUUAUCAGAAAAAAGUUCCUUUUUUGCUUUUGUUUUCUGGUUUUGGAUGGCAAUGGAGAUGAUGAAAUUACCGUCUUUUGUUUUUCUUGAUAGUCAUUUAACAUAAGAUUGCCAAUUGUUAACAGAUGAUUGAAUUGUAUAAAGUGAAAAUUUUGGUGGGGAGAAGAAGAAAUCUCGAGCCCACAAGCAACAGCAGUUAAAGACUAUAUCUUUAUAGAAAAUUCAUAGUAAUUUGUUUUAAUUC